AUGGACGAUUUAUUAUUGUAUCCCUAUCCAACAUACAUAGCAAAUAAAACGGUUGCAAGUUGUGUUGCUGCCAUGGUAGGCAUUUCACUUAUUGCUUGGUUUAUUCAAUCGUACCAAGCUCGUUUUCGACCACCUCGUCUCAGCUUUCUUCUUUUAGCUUCGCAUCUGACUAUUGUCAUUGAAUUGAUCGUACGCGCAACUGUUCCUGAAGAUCAACAAAAUUCUAAAACUAUUUUCAUUAUCGUUAAUAGUCUUUCUGCUAUAGGUCAACGCAUGAUUAUUGUUAGUAACUACGUAUUUAUUCUUGAAGUUCAUUAUGUAAGAUCCUUGUCUUCUCGUCUUAUACUUAUUGGUGCCAUUUCAUGUGUUGUUAUGUCCGGGGUCCUAAUGGUACCAGUCAAUAUGUCAUCGUUUGACCCUGAAAAAAUUAAUGCAAGUUUUCUUUUCCGCAAACUUUCGGCAUCAUUCUUAUUUGCAGUAGCUAUUCUCUUCUAUCCCGUAUGGUACUGGAGUAAAACAGUGAAGGAUAUGACUAUGCAAGCUAUUAUUUUGGCCAUUGUUUCCAGUACUCUGUGCGCUAUUGGUGCUUUAUUUACUGUAAUUCAAUCAAUAUCUAGUUUUUAUGACCAGACUUAUAGUCAUGAGGUAUGGUUCUAUGUUCUACAAAUUGCCCCUAUUGCUUUUGCUCACUUUACUUGGUCAGUAUUUCAUCCAAAACGAAGUCUUAUUUCGUCUGAACCAUUAAUAUCAGCAACCAACGAUGAGCAAUCGAAACUAUGA